AGUGAGAGCGAGAGAGGGAGAGCGAGUGAGAGACAAGGUGGCGGGUCGUAUCACUCCCCGUGUAGCCGUCAUCAUGAAGGUCGUGGUGGUCGUAGCCGUGAUAGGCGCCCUACUGGCCUUCUCUAAAACAGCUGAGGGUGCAAACAAGGGCCCUAAAGUCACACACAAGGUGUGGUUCGACAUCACAAUAGGCAACGAACCAGCUGGACGCGUCGAGAUUGGACUGUUUGGCAAGACUGUCCCUAAAACUGUCGAGAACUUCUUCCAGCUGGCUCAUAAACCAGCUGGGGAGGGAUACAAGGGCUCCACCUUCCACAGGGUCAUCAAGGACUUCAUGAUCCAGGGUGGGGACUUCACUAAGGGCGAUGGGACUGGAGGCCGCAGCAUAUACGGAGAACGCUUUGAGGACGAAAACUUUAAACUGAAGCACUAUGGGUCUGGCUGGCUGUCCAUGGCCAACGCUGGAAAAGACACAAAUGGAUCACAGUUCUUCAUCACCACCACCAAGACUUCCUGGCUGGACGGCAGACAUGUGGUGUUCGGCAAGGUUAUCUCCGGCAUGAGUGUGAUAAGGAAGAUUGAAGCAGGGAAGACCAGUGAGAGAGACAGGCCAGCCAAGGAAGUUAAAAUCGCAGACUGUGGAGGCGAGGAGGUUGCCCAGCCCUUCUCUGUGGACAAGGAAAAUGCUGUGGAGACCGACUAGGUGCUGGGACACUGUGGGGGGGCGCUAGGGGCUGUGGAGGGGGUUAUUGUGGUGUUUUGUGGUGUAUUGUGGUUCUUUGGGGUAUUUUGUAAUUUUUGAAUUUUUCCUAUUCUGCAUUUUCUUUGGUAGUUUUUCUCUCUCUCUCUCUCUCUCUCUCUCUCUCUCUCUCUCUCUCUCUCUCUCUCUCUCUCUCUCUCCUCACCCCCCACAAAACAAGUUUAGCACUAUUUUGAAGUGUUAAUAGCACAAAUAUAGUCUCUCUCUCUCUCUCUCUCUCUCUCUCUCUCUCUCUCUCUCUCUCUCUCUCUCUCUCACACAUUCCAGCAUUUGUUAAGACUCUUCACCUAAUUCUCAGCAUUUUUGGGAAGAUUAAACAUUUGUACUGUGAAAAUUAUAAUAAAGGUGUUUUUUCUAUGG